AGACCAUACAGUAUCUUAAUUAUGUCAUUAAUUAAUGAAAUUAAGCAUACUGUUUUACUAGCAAGGAGCCGAAAUUACGAAAAUAACCCCACGAUUAAAUGACAGACAGAGAAGUUUCACACGUUGGAUAAUUUUCCCUUUUUUCUCGUCUGUUACGAUACCGUUCACGGGUCUGGUCACUAACCCAAAACCUCCCCUCUCCGAUUCAACUGAAAUUCCGAUUCCGUCACCGGAGUUCAUUUCCACGACGUCAUCUCCGGCGUCAGCCGACGCAUUUCAUGUUCCAAACUCCAUAGUUGAUUGUUUAUUCUACGGUUUGGCUUCUUCUCUUGUCGACGGCGUGUUUACUGACCUCCCGCUGAAAACUGGACGCCAUAGAUUUUCUAGGGUUUCAUGUUCUGUGAGGUUCAAAAUCAUACUCAUACAGAGACUUUCAUGUCUUCCGAAUGGAGAUUGCCGCUGCUGCCACCAUUGCCUUGUGGUCCCAACCCUUUCCGAUAGCUGCGAUUGUUACUUUUCUUUGCUUUCUUCUCGCUCUUUUCGCCGCCGUUCGAUUGGUUUCUGUUCCUUUUAUUAGGAGGACGAAAGCGCUUCAAUCGGAGGGCCUGGGUACGAGGAAUUGUAAUUGUACCUGUUCGCUUAACGGUGGUGUGGUUAUUGGGGGUUUGGACCCCAGGGCUGAGGUAACUUCUUCGACCUGUACGACUAUGCCUUAUUUGAACGGUCGUGUAGUGGAAGUGUUGGAGAAGACGCCGAUGGUUGUGACGGAGCGGCAGACAGGCGCCUCGAUGAUGGAACAGUUGGUGCCGGAGAUUACUACGCACGCUCUUAGUUACUUGGAUUACCCCAGCCUGUGCCGUUUGUCCAUGACGAAUUCGUUGAUGCGCAAGGCCGCGAAUGAUGAUAAUGCCUGGAAAGCGCUUUAUCAUAAGGACUUCUCACUGGAACAGGAUACUGUGACUCCAAUUAACGGGUGGAAGGCGUACUAUGCUGCAACAAGAACAAUUAUGAACAUCAAUGCCCAAUUCUGUAGCAUCAUCAGAGAGAGGUCCCUUCAAGCGAUGAGUCAUUUUUGGUUAAAUGCAGAUUAUGUGAAGUGUAUUCAUGCCUCAGGAGAAUUCUUUUCCGGGUAUAACGCAGUAAUUCAAAGUUGGCAGGUUGCAUUUAAUUGGGAAGAAGGGAUUAAUUUUCAGGUCCGCGACGUACGGGCUCGUGUCCUAACAGACAUGGCUUGGGUUAGCAUGAAAACCUAUGUCGACAUGGAUACAGGGCCAUUCAAUGUGACUAACGUCUAUGAGUACCAUAACGGUCGAUGGUACAUGGUGCAUCAUCACAGCUCAGUGAUGCUUAUUGUUGGGGAUGUGGAAGAACAAAUGGUUCAUGGGUAACAGAGCAAAGAUAGAAGAGAAGAAAACCAUGAAAAUAUAGAAUUACUAGGUCAAAGAUAGGUGAUGUCUGGUAGCAGAAGCAAGAUUACUUCUUAACAGCACCACCAGAAUCAACUGUUCGAACCUCAGUUUUGCUUGAGCUAUGUUGAUUGCUGCGCCCUUUUUCUUUCAAUGUUCUGGUCCCUAAUUCUUUUGUUGGUUCAGAGGUUUCAGGAAUGGAAUUCAAUCCUGGGAAUGAGGUAUAUGAUGAGUUUUAGAAGUAUUUUUGGUUGGUUUGGUUCAUGCUCAAAUGGCUGCUGCAUGUGUUUAAACCAAUGAAGGAUCAUCCCCAUUAUCUGUACUUUAAUUUCUUGAUCGAUUGACUGCUACACUUCGACAGGUAGAUGACUUGUUCAAUAACUUAUGUGUAAAGAAGAAAGGAUAAGCAACUUUGGAUGAGACUCUAUUGCAAAUGUGUAAGAUUUUCUAUUCAGAAACGCCCAAUGUUAAAGCAUGAUGGGGG